AGAUUCUUCUUCUUUUUCAUUUUCAUCGGUGACCUGAUUGAGAGAAACAUCGGAAUAUAGAUUCUUUUUCUUCUUGUUCUUCGCAAUUUCAAAACCCUCUAUGUCCGCCGAGGAAGACGCCACCGUUACGGAGCCACUGGAUCUGAUUCGAUUGAGCGUACAUUCACGCCUGAAGAUCCUCAAGAACAAAAAAUGAAAUUCAGAUUAAACAGCUGAGGCGAGAGUUAGCUCAAUUGCUCGAAGCUGGGAACAGCUUUACAAAUGGUGAAUUCACGCCUGAAGAUCCUGAAGAACAAAAAGGAGAUUCAGAUUAAACAGCUGAGGCAAGAGUUAGCUCAAUUGCUCGAAGCUGGGAACAACCCUAAGAUAUAAUUCGGGUGGAAGAGAAGACAGUGGCUACCUAUGAACUCAUUGGCAUCUACUGCGAACUCAUUGUUGUUCUUUAGGUGUUAUUGGUUCUCAAAAAAACUGCCCCAUUGAUCUAAAAUGAGCGGUUGCGAGCGUCUUAUUCAACUUCCCAGAGGUUAUCAUAUGUCCCUGAGCUCUCAGAAAUCGUUAAACAAUUCAAGACCAAGCACGGGAAGGAUUUUCCUACGUCUGCUAUUGAGCUUCGUCCAGAUUCUGGUGUGAGCCGCCUGGUAAGUGGUUGCAUCCUGUUCCUGGUGUUGAUUUUGUCCUAAAAACUCAGGAUUAACCAUAUAAUAUUUGAUCAUGUUUGAUAUUUAUGAAUAUAUAAUAUAUGAUAAAUAUUAUAUAUAUGUAUUUUAAAUAUCAAACAUAAUAUUUGAAAUAAUUUAUUUUACACAUAAACAUCAAACAUUUAUCUUAAAAUGUAAAAAACGAUAAGAGAAAAAGACCAAAAUAGCACUAAAUCAAGUUUUUGUUCCCAAACUAGCACUCAAGGUCAAAAGUCGCAAAAAUAGCACUUAAGGGGUGGGGUUUAGGGUUUAGAAUUUAGGGUUUAGGGUUUAGAGUUUAGGUUUUAGGGUUUAGAGUUGAGAAUUGAGGUUUUGGAGAUAAGAUUUCAAAUUUUGAAAAAUAAAAAAAUUUAAAUUUUUCAAAAGAUAAAAUGCUAUUUUGGUCAUUUUAGUUUUUGAGUGCUAUUUAUGUGAUAUAAACUUAGAAAUGUGCUAUUUUGGAGAUUUGCCCAAACGAUAAUGAGUAAUAUACAAUAUAAGAAAUUUAUAUAUGUAAUAUAAGUUAAAAUAAAUAAUUAGUAAAUAUUCAAUUUAUAAAAUGGAAAUACUACAUUAAAACAAUUAUCUUAAAAUGUAAAAAAACGACAAUAAGUAAUAUACAAUAUAAGAAAUGUAUAUAUACAAUAAUAUAAAAAAACAACAAUAAGUAAUAUACAAUGGGUCCGAUUGGUAAUGGCCGUAGCUUUAAAUAUUUUGUUGUAGAAAAAAAUCUGUAAACUUUUUGAUGUGGCUUUAGAUUUUAUUGUUGUAGAAUUUUAUUGAAGCACUAAAAAAUUGCUUUGGAUAUUUGGCUCUGCAGAGCAUUUGUACAGCUGUAGGUUAUUUUAAGAGCUGUGGUUUCAAAAAAAAAUUUAAAGCUUGAUUGCUCUGAAUUUGGUGCUGUAGAAAUAAAUAGGGUUGUGGACAUCACCUACAGCAACUACCAAUCACCCCCAAUAUAAGAAAUGUAUAUAUACAAUAUAAGAGAAAAUAAUAAGUAAAUAUACAUUUUAGAAAAUAUAAAUUCUACAUUAAACAUCUAUCUUAAAAUGAAAAAAAUAAAUAAAAGGUAAUAUACAAUAUAAUAAAUGGAAAUAUACAAUAUAAGAAAAAAAGAGCAAAUAUACAAUUUUAAAAAAUGGAAAUACUACAUCAAACAGUAAAAGGAAAAUGUAUAAAUUUACAUCAAGCACGUCUCUAUAAAACCCAUUGUAUCAACACCAUCAACCUCACACCCAUCAAAGAAGACUCCAAAGAAAUCCAGCAAAGAAAAGACAAUGGCUCCUCCCACAACCCUCGCUGUCCCAACAACGUUUGACGACCUCGAAGGAGAUUUCUGUAACAAGGAAGUUUUUGUCAGGCUGAUUCAUUGCUGGGAAGCCCGAAACUUCAAAAAGGCGAACAUACUCAUGGGAGUUGAGUUGCUCCUCAUAGACUCAAAGUCAACAACCAUUCACGGGUUUAUCUCCACACACUUCCUUCCCCGCUUCAAAGAGGACCUGAAACCCAACACAAUUUACAAGCUCAACGGGUUCAGCAUCAGACUUUCCAAAUCAGUUUACAGAGUCUCACCACAUAAGCACGGGAUCAGCUUCAACAACAAGACAACCUUCACUCCUGUUCAUGAAGUGGACUACCAGAUUGAUUCUCAGCACUUUCGUAUACGAGAUCUCCAAGCGUUCACCGACAUUGUCGAUAAACACACAGAUCUUCUCGAUAUCAUUGGCUUUUUGCGAGUCAUCAAUGGGGACAACUUAGACACUCAGACACCCAUGGCUACUGCCCCAGCACCUGCUGGUGAAAGAUCAAAGGAUAUGGUCUUCUUGCAUGUGCAACUUGAAGUAGUUUGAUGAAGCUUUAAUAAAAUGGAAAGAGUACAUUAAAUAUUAAACAUCUAUCUUAAAAUGUAAAAUAUAGAUAUUAAGUAAAUAGAAAGUAUAAGAAAAAGAAAUACACAACUUAAAAACAAUGAAAAAAAUAUAUUAAGAUUUAAACAUCUAUAUAUUGAUAAAAAUUUUCUAAAAGCAUAUUCAUAUAUCAACGAAAAGUCUCGUUAUGCUAAUUUCUUGCAUCUCCUUCCAAUAGUUUCUUUCAACCUAAAAUACAAAACCUUUCUCUCAUACCACCAUCAUAUGAUAAAUAUUAUAUAUAUGUAUUUUAAAUAUCAAACAUAAUAUUUGAAAUAAUUUAUUUUACACAUAAACAUCAAACAUUUAUCUUAAAAUGUAAAAAACGAUAAGAGAAAAA